AUGCCAUCUCACUUUGAUACUUUGCAAUUGCACGCGGGCCAGGAAAAAACGGCUGACGCUCACAACCCAAGAGCUGUGCCAAUUUACGCAACCACAUCAUAUGUGUUCAAUGAUUCCAAGCAUGGUGCCCAAUUGUUUGGUUUGGAAACUCCAGGUUACAUUUACUCUCGUAUCAUGAACCCAACCAACGAUGUUUUGGAAAACAGAAUUGCUGCCCUAGAAGGUGGUGCAGCCGGUUUGGUUGUCGCAUCUGGUCAAGCUGCCCAAACCCUUGCCAUUACCGGUCUAGCUCAUGCUGGUGACAACAUCGUUUCCACAUCUUUCUUGUACGGUGGUACUUACAACCAAUUCAAGGUUGCUUUCAAGAGAUUGGGUAUUGAGGCCAGAUUUGUUGAUGGUGAUCAACCAGAAGACUUUGAAAAGUUGUUUGACGAAAAGACCAAGGCUCUCUACCUAGAAUCUAUCGGUAACCCAAAGUAUAACGUUCCUGACUUCGACAAGAUCAUCUCUGUUGCUCACAAGCACGGUAUUCCAGUUGUUGUCGACAACACUUUUGGUGCUGGUGGUUACUUCGUUCAACCAAUUAAGUACGGUGCAGACAUUGUCGUCCACUCUGCUACCAAGUGGAUUGGUGGUCAUGGAACCACUAUUGCAGGUGUUAUUGUGGACUCUGGUAAGUUCCCAUGGAAGGAGUACCCAGAAAAGUUCCCUCAAUUCUCUAAGCCAUCUGAAGGUUACCAUGGUUUGAUCUUCAACGAUGCCUUCGGCCCAUUGGCUUUCAUUGGCCACGUGAGAACAGAAUUACUAAGAGAUUUGGGUCCAGCUUUGAGUCCAUUCUCUGCUUUCUUGUUGCUACAGGGUAUCGAAACUUUGUCUCUAAGAGCUGAAAGACAUGGUCAAAACGCCUUGAAGCUAGCCCGCCAUCUAGAGAAGUCCCCAUACGUUUCAUGGGUCUCUUACCCAGGUUUGGAAUCUCAUUCCCAUCACGAAAAUGCCAAGAAGUACCUACAAAACGGUUUCGGUGGUGUUCUAUCCUUCGGUGUUAAAGAUCUUCCAAAUGCAGAUGCUGAAACUGAUCCAUUCAAGGCUGCUGGUGCUCAAGUUGUCGACAACCUAAAGAUCGCUUCUAACUUGGCUAACGUUGGUGACUCCAAGACACUAGUCAUCGCUCCAUACUUCACUACCCAUCAACAAUUGAGCCACGAAGAGAAGUUAGCCUCUGGUGUUACCAAAGAUUUAAUUCGUGUGUCAGUAGGUACCGAAUUCAUUGAUGACAUCAUUGCCGAUUUCGAAGAGUCUUUCAAGACUGUCUUCAAAGGUGUUGUUCCUCAAUGA